AUGGCAGAAGAUGUAGCAGAGCUUGGAUUGGAGGCGGUGGACCCAAUCCUUAAUCAUCGUGAGGUGUGGCAAAACGCAAAGAACAAGGCCAAGACUGGACUCGAUGUCCUUCGGAGCCCAGAGAGCCCCCGGCGCAGAUUCGAAAGUGACGAUGAGCAGACUCCUCACCUAGACAAGGACAAACGCGGAUCUAAGUAUGAGAAAUCGAACAGACGCCACAGCCAGUACAAGAAAGACAGCAGGCGCGAGGACGACGCUGAGUCCGAUCACCAAGAAAAAAACGCCCUGUCUGAUCGCCGCCAAAGACACAGAUCAGGUGCCGGGAGACCGAGAAUAGAGCGGCGCGCAAGCUCUUUGGAUCGGGGUGACUUCGAGAAGGAUCGCGGUAGACGCAGGCGAUAUUCUCAGAGAGAAGACCGGGCAGCCCACGAAGAAAACGCCGAUAGUCGUCGUGCAUCACGCCGCAUUGAGGGCAAGGACGCUUUAGCUGCUGGAGUGGCCGGCAUAGCUGCCAUCUAUAUUGCGUCAGGGUUCUACAAGGACCGUAAGAGCAGGGACACGCAGCGAGGGAGAGACGCUGUCCCGUGA